AUGCCACCACCUUCGUUCGUCCAUGGCCUCGGUUGGGACGCCACCACCAAGACCCUCGCCUCCAUCUUCUGCCAGUAUGGUGAGAUCGAGGAGUACCGAGUCAUCGUCGACUGCAACACCGGCCGCAGCAAGGGCUAUGGCUUCGCCUUCCUUACCGACGCCGAUCGCUGUCCUCUCCCGCAUGCCACCGUUGCCAUCGGUUGCCACCCGCCACUACGUCGCACGCCCAUCUCCCUCGGCAAUCUCGUGUUUCACGGCAAGGCAGCAAUUGAGAUUGUAAGCAAUCCGGUACAGCAUGAUCGUACCAAAUAUAUCGAGAUUGACCGUCAUUUUAUCAAGGAGAAGAUUAAUCAGGAUCAGAUCUGCAUUACCUAUAUUCGGUCUUCUGAUCAUAUGGUAGAUAUUUUGAUCAAAGGGCUUAGCUCAUCGUCUUUCUCUGGAUUGAUUGACAAGAUGGGGCUUCGAGAUAUCUUCACCUCAUCUUUAAAGGGAGUAUUGGAAUGA